AUGGCGGCGGGGAGAAGAGAACGAGAUGCGACGGAAGGAAAUGAAACGACGACGACGACGCCGGUGAAACGGAGGAAGCUGGAGGAGGAGGUAGAUGUGGAAUCUAGGAUUGUUUUGUCUCCGUGUGUACAGGCGACGAAUCGCGGUGGAAUUGUGGCGAGGAAUUCAUCUGGAGCGUCGGAGACAAGCGUCGUGAUCGUUCGGCGGAGAGAUUCUCCGGUCGAAGAACAGUGUCAGAUACCUAGCUCGGAGUACGAUUUGGAUCGCGCGUCGGUCUCUUGUUGCUCUAGUAAUCGAUCGGAAGAGAAAUCGAAACGGAGGAUCGAAUUUGUCGAUGUGGAGGAAGGUAACGGUGCUGAUGAUCAAACCGGAACGUCAUGGAUUUAUGAUAACUUCAACACAAGGAGAGAUCCAUACAGUGAGGAGCAAGAGGAAUCGGUGAAUAUGGAAAUGGAGAUCCAAGGAUCAGAAGAUGUCGUCGAGUCUCGUCGCCGGUUAAAGAUGAAGAAGAAGAGCGGUGAGACGGUGAAAGAAGACGAGCUAGAAGAUUUUUUCCAGGAGGCUGAGAGAGAUCUACGGAGCAAGAUGUUGGAAUGUUCUAUGAAGUAUAAUUUCGAUUUCGAGAAAGAUGAGCCACUUAGUGGAAGAUUCGAGUGGGAAAAAUUGAAUCAUUGA